AUGGUCGUUUCUCUGACCAUUAAAAGAUUGUUGUCUUCGACAGUCGAUGGCUCUGCCCAUCUCUGUGUCUACGACGCGAACCACAACGGAGACGACCUAACAGUGACCAUCUCAUGUCCUCUGGCUUCUGGUUGUUGUGAGAAAGGUUGCUGUAAACUUCCAGUCAGUUUCAUUACAAAUAGUCACAUGAAUACUUCAUCAUUGUCCGAAGAGCCAAUAUCGAAUACAAGUCAAUUCAAUGAGACAAUCUUGUUGAUAACUCUGACUCUUAUGAUAUUUUUCUUCGGUUGCAUUUCGAUACUAUUCAUUUUCAGAAAGAUUCAACACAUUCGCCACAAAGAACAUGAACCAGAUUUCGUAUAUCAUGCGUACCGCCCACCACAACCAAAAGUAAGUAAGCAUCCUCCGCCGACAGUAAUCCUAACCGACUACCGUAAUAUGACCCUCGAAUGA